AUGUUGUCAGGGCCAGCUGAAGAUAAAGCGAAACAUGACGAAGAACGGCUCACACCUGCAAAAAUGAUUGAAAAUGUUCAGAAACGUGAAGAACAGUGCAUUCAUGGCACCGGAGAAACCGGCAAACCGAUCUCCUACGGUGAAGAUAAACCGGCCGCAGAACUGCUGGAUAAAGUGAUGCAAAGAGAAGGAAUGGCUCUUCACGGGAAUGGAGGUGUUUUAUCCUCGUUUUUCUACACAUUUAUCUGCUACAGCUUAUGUGCCAUCACAAGACUCAGAAGUAUGGACUUUUUGGCUGUCGCUUUGGAUUCACUAGAAAAGAAUCGUUUGGAAGAAUUGAAAGAGUUGGUGACUAAAGCUAAUUGUCGUACAUUGGACACUAUAUUCAUGGAUCUAUUUCGCGCUUUAGUGACUAGAUAUGACGAACUGGUUGAUGCAGGAGAGAAUGUCGAAUUAUUGACUGACUCGAUUCUGUAUAUAGUAGAAAAUUCUGGUGUUAAAGUGAAAGAAAUGUGUAAAGAAGAGUUGAGAGAUGAUAUUCCACGAUCUUUUCUAAAGAAGCAUGUUCAGAAGCAGUUAUUUAAUGAGGAUAUUUCGCGUGAAUGCAUCACGAAUGCUUGUCACCUUUUCAUUAGGCUUUUUAAAUUGUGUGAAUGUAAGGAUGCGAAUCAAAUAGAAAUAUUAUUGAAUGAAGUGUUGUCUUGUUUAUUGAAUCGAAACGGGAAUGCUGAACUUGAUUCGCUUAUUGACGCAUCUGCUGAGCUGUAUUCUGCACUCGGACAAAAUCCGAUUAGCAGUUGCGUAUUAAUUGCGAAUUCACAGAAUAACAUCAGCAACACAAAGCCAUUAAUAUCACUCGUUUAUUCACCUGAAUACCGCUUCGAAUUGUGUUUGCCAGCAUUGAAGCGUUCAUUACUGAGCAAUACAACAGCAUGUUUAUCAAACGCAAACAAUAUCUCGUUGAUAAUCGACAUCCUUCAAGGAUUCAUUCCUGCUAUCCCUGAACGCUCUUUAUCGAGACAUCAGUUGCCGUUGUUCAUGGACUUUUUUAGUGGAUUGAUUUGUUUAUGUGAAAAGGUGAUCAUAAAUGAGAGAUUACAUGAAAAAUGUGUGAAAAGUUUUGUUGACUCAUUGGAACGUUUCGAGCCAGUCGCUCAGUUGAUCAUUGUACGCCAACUUAUUCGACUUGUCAAAUUCAAUAAAAUAAAGUUGGUAAUGGAAAGUCAAAUAUUGGGAUGGCUCAUUGACUUGAUCCGUUUUCGGUUGAGGAAAUAUCCCGUGUUCGCGGAUGAAUUGGGCUUUAUUUGGGCUGAUCUUGCGGAUAUACGCUAUCCUGAAUUACAUCUAUCUACACACUUCUAUACGGCCGUUCUUGUUUUAGCACAGUAUCAAGCAUUAUUCCGUAUCAAUAAAAGUUUAUUGAAAGACGUGAAAUUAAAGGUUUUAGAAACAUUACAGAAACAAUUAGCUGAUUGGACAGCGUUGAUUAGGAGAGGUGAUGGUGACAAUGAUAAUUAUAAGGAUGUCGAUCGUGAAGCGGCACUUCAUUUUCUGCAAUUUUCAUUAACAGAAACUUUUAAUUUUGUGAAUAAGUUCGUGAAUGAAUUAUGA